AUGGCAUGUAGAUCAGUACGCUCCCUCACCACAGGGAAGGAUCUAGACACCCACACCAGCCCUCUGGCCAAUGAGGGAGGGGCGAACGAGGGACUCAGCCGACUCACCCUGAGGGAUGAGAGAGCAGAGAGGAGGCGGAGGAACAGGAAGAGCUCCGAGAGGAGUACGGGAGGAAGAGGAGAGAGGAAGAGGAGGAGGAAGAGCUCCGAGAGGAGUACGGGAGGAAGAGGAGAGAGGAAGAGGAGGGGGAGGAGUCAGAAGGAAGAGGAAGAGGGGAAUCUGUCCUUAGAGAGUAGCACCACGCUGAUCGACACGUUACAGCCCCCACAAUGCAACAGUAGAGAGCCAAGUCCUGAUCCAGUUGCAGAGAGGUUUGUACAGCUGGGUUGUCUGGGAGGCGGAGGCUACGGGAUCGUCUACGCUGGUUACCGCAGAGAAGACAACCUACCUGUGGCUAUAAAACGUGUCCCCUUGGCCAAAGUGUUACGCAUACCGGUGAUUCAGGAUGGACAGCAGGUGGAGUUUCCCUUGGAGGUGGUCUUACUGCGGAUCGUGGGAGGUAGGGGUGAGGCUACUGGGGAGGGGAUGGGUGAGGUUGUCCCUCCUCCCCGUGCUGCGGUGGCCUUGCUGGACUGGUUUGAGCUGGAUCGGGAGUUGGUGCUGGUUCUGGAGAGACCAGUUCCCUGUAUGGACCUCUAUGACUACAUUCAGAUGAGAGGAGGAACUCUGCAGGAGGAACACGCCAGGGUCAUUCUGAGGCAGCUAGUUGAAGCGAUGAGAGAGGUCCAUUCCAGAGGUGUUCUCCAUCGUGACCUCAAACCGGAGAACGUUCUAGUAGAAACCGGUUCCACCUCGCCUCGGAUCAGGGUCCUAGACUUUGGCUGCGGCUGCAUUCUCAGAGACGGGCCUUACACAGAGUGUUACGGUACGUCCCAGUACACCCCUCCAGAGUGGUUUCUGAGCGAGUCGUACCGGGCCGGUCCCUCCACCGUGUGGCAGCUGGGGGUUGUGCUGUACGACAUGCUGUGUGGGGACCAGCCCUUCAACACACGACGAGAGAUCAUCUAUGAAGAGCCUUACAUCAGGGACCAACUGUCCAGACACUGUGUGGAUCUGUUGAGGAGGUGUCUGGCUAAGCGACCCCGAGGACGGCCCACUCUGGACGAGAUGUUACUCCACCCCUGGCUCCAGCCGGACACGCCCCCUGGCUCCAGCCGGACACGCCCCCUGGCCCCAGCCGGACACGCCCCCUGGCUCCAGUCGGACAUGCCCCCUGGCUCCAGCCGGACACGCCCCCUGGCUCCAGCCGGACACGCCCCCUGGUUCCAGCCGGACACGCCCCCUGGCUCCAGCCGGACACGCCCCCUGGCUCCAGUGAACCGGACACUCCUCCUGGACAGACCUGCAGCUGGUCACCUGAACCCGACAUAAACAUAGAUUUUUAAAACAUUUUUUUGAACCGUCUUUGAAAAUUGCCUCCUUCAACCUGAAAAUAUAAACUUUGAACAAAUAUCCUACUUUUAUCAUUCAUGAUUUGUUACUCUGUAGAGAAGACAACCUACCUGUGAGAAGAGUUCAAUAAACACACACACACACACACACACACACACACACACACACACACACACACACACACACACAUACACAUACACACACACACACCAUCAGACUGUUAAAUAGUCACCAGUAGCCAGCCGCCGCCCAGUACCCAACGCUGAUCUUUAUUAACAGCCGGCUCCCACCAAGGUACUCUAGGCAGCACCACCCGGUAUUCUACCCUGCACCACCCAGUACUCUAGCCUGCACCACCCGGUACUCUACCCUGCUCCACCCGGUACUCUACCCUGCACCACCCGGUACUAUACCCUGCACCACCCG